AAACCAAAUGACGUCAUACGUAUGUUGUGGAGCAAUGGCGGACAAAAGAAACAUGAAGCUCACCCUUGCAGUUUACACGCUGUUUAUUUUGGUUGGUCAGUGGACGGGUGAUAUGAAAGAAUACAGAGAGAACCCAGAGUAUUUGCUGGAGCUAUGUGACACAAAACAAUCCAAUGAUGUCAAAGACGAAGGGUGUCGUGAGGCCAAGAACGCGACUCUGGUAAAAAAACAUAAGUACAUGUCGUCCAUAUGGUGUGCAAAACAGUGCUGGAAAGAUAAAUUCAAAUAUUCUCUCGUAAAACGAGGAGACCACUGCCUCUGUUCUCAAGUCCUGGGAAGCAAGGUAGACAGCAACAAGUGCAACAUCCCCUGCCCAUCGUCCAAGGCACAGAACUGUGGGGGCUAUCACGUGGUCAACGUUCUCUAUACAGGAUUUGUAUCCUUCAACUGGAAACGUCUUGGGAAGAUGUACAGCGACGCUAUGAAGUUUAAAGAAAAGCGAGCACGCCAGAGGACGAAGCUCAUGGCCAAAUAUGACAAGGGCAAAUGCAUCCAGUGGAAGCCGAAGAAGGCCUUGACAAUCGAUUCAGAAAUAAUGACCGUCGAGAUGUGCGUCGUCCACUGCUUCCACUACAAAUACGUGUACGCCUUGCUCACGCUCAGCACGUACUGCAAGUGUACAUCUGACUCACCGGAAGUACUGUCGUCAGGUAAAACCAUGGAGAAGAUUCUGGAACGAGGCGAGAAGACUUCCUGUACAAAAGUGUGUGGAGGCAACCGGAAACAAAUCUGCGGCGGCGCCAUUAACGUCAACAGCGUCCACCUCACAGGUCACUACGACUCCAAGGACCAAGCCAGCAGGAAGGACUUCAAGAAGCUGCCAGCUCUCGAAAGCCACUGGAAGAAGUACUUCCUGAAGAAUAAGGAAGUCUUGCUGGGCGUGGCAAAGGGGAAUGGGAUCAUUUUGAGAUCGCCUGCAAGUACUACUCCCGGCACAGAUGUGGUCGUUGUUGACGAAGAUGGACAUGAUAAUACCACCGCCAAAGUCGUCGCGGGCGUCGCAUGCGUGGGGCUGAUAGGGCUCGUCGUCGCUCUUGUUAUCUUCAUCAAACGGCGUAAGAAGGAAACAGAGAUACCACAGGGCAGCGACGGGGGGGCGGCAGGCAAAAGGAUUAAGGAAGAAUUGUCCAAGAAACAAAAAUCACUCCGUGGCGAGGGGAAACCUAAGAAAGAUAGAAAGUCAAAAGACGCGGGCAAAAAGGAGAAGCACAGUCGACAUAAGGCCACAGACAGAUCCAAGGAAAAAAAGAAGAAAAAGAAAAAAUGAAUAAAUCCUAUACAUUUAUAA